UAUUUGAAGUCAUCCUUAUUUUCCAAAACAGAGAAAUUUUUAUUUUCUGUUUUAUUUUAUUACAAAAAAUUCCAAUCGUAACACCACACAGCUAAGAAGAAGAGAAAAGUGCGGCCGAUGAAUUAGUCUUACUCGUCUGGAUCACGGUUAAUGCAGCAUUACUCAUUGCAAAUACAAACUCGUUUCUGCAUACCUAUUGGUGUGAGCGAGAAAAGCCUAUAUGUUUCAAUCAAAGGUUAUGCUAAGCGGACAAGAACUGUGAAUUUUAUUUGCUGCAACCGAUCAAAAAACGCAAUCAUACAUCUAUAGCGCACACAUUUUCUUUUAAUUUUCAUUUAUUUUUACAUAAGAACGUUUGUGAAAUAGAUAAAUAAUUGCAUUUUUAACUAUUGCAGUAGUGGGCUAAAAAGUAUAGUCCUAAUAAAAGUGCUAGAAAGUAAAUGAAAAGAUAAAAUUUUACUUGAACGUUUGCUAUUAGAAACGGGUGAAAAUAAAUUGGCUCAAGAGGAAGCAGCAACGGGCGCCGCCAUUCGCGGAAGCACAACAGCAACAGAACAUAAACUGGAAGUUUACACCAAAUUCUCGAAAUAUGAAAUGGGUAUACGCCCAGCUAAUGCUUCAAUCAAACAAAAUUCAAAUAUAAAAUAAACUAAAAUAAUAAAGCAAAAACCAAUCAAGUAGCAAACAAGAAAAGAAAGGCCAAAAUCAAAGCGCAAGUUCAAGUGUUUAUAGCUGUUUACUUAAACGAUAAAAUACUACCAUAAUAAACUGCAUUGGCCGGUGGUUGACGCCAAAACCACCCACAAUCGCCACCACCAUUACUUUUUAAAUGUAAUUCAAAAUCCAGCGCGUUCAAAUUUGAAAAGUUUUGUGAAUAUUUUGGCUAUAAAUCAGGCCUGUGUUUUGUAAUUAUUAUUUCUAUAAAGUUUUAGCGGAUAAGAAACGUUUUCAAUAAAACAAAAAAUAAAAAUAAACGACUAAAUAUAAGUAAAACGCAAAGAAUUUUCACAUAUAAAGUCGGUUCAAAGCAACGUGGCUGAAACAGCAGCAACAGCAAAGCCUACAACAGCUGAUCGCCCGAAUCUAUUCUUACAGGCGAUGCCUUCUGCCAUAAGCGGUACCGGACACGGCUCAGGCGCCGUUAGUCACAAUAUAAAUAUACCUAGUAAUGAAGAGUGCGGCAUACGUGAUGUUUGGAAACAUAAUUUAGAGGAAGAAUUCCGCACAAUACGUAAAGUCGUACAAAAAUAUCAUUAUGUCGCUAUGGAUACUGAAUUUCCCGGCGUUGUGGCACGUCCUGUUGGUGAAUUCCGUUCUACCGCCGACUAUCACUAUCAACUUUUACGUUGUAAUGUAGACUUGCUACGCAUUAUACAACUGGGACUGACAUUUAUGGAUGACGAAGGCAAAACGCCGCCUGGUUACUCAACGUGGCAGUUUAAUUUUAAAUUUAAUUUAAGCGAGGAUAUGUAUGCGCAAGACUCGAUAGAUUUACUACAAAAUUCCGGUAUACAAUUUAAAAAGCAUGAAGAAGAUGGCAUUGAUCCACUUGAUUUUGCCGAAUUACUAAUGUCUUCCGGCAUUGUGUUGGUGGAUAAUAUCAAAUGGCUGUGCUUUCAUUCGGGUUACGAUUUUGGUUAUCUACUCAAAUUGUUAACCGAUCAGAAUUUGCCUGCGGAUGAGAGUGAAUUUUUCGAAUUACUACGUAUAUAUUUCCCCAACAUAUACGAUAUUAAAUAUCUGAUGAAAUCGUGUAAAAAUCUAAAGGGCGGCUUGCAAGAGGUGGCCGAUCAAUUGGAGUUAAGACGUGUCGGGCCACAACAUCAGGCCGGUUCUGAUGCGCUGCUCACCGGAAUGGCAUUCUUCAAAAUGCGUGAGAUGUUCUUCGAGGACAACAUAGACAAUGCCAAGUAUUGUGGCCAUCUUUACGGUCUCGGCACAUCCUUCAUUGUAAACGGCACGAAUUUCCACGAGAGUAACGGCGACAACAACAAUGCAACGUGAUUCGUUUUUAUUGAAAGGACAGCAAAUACAACGGCCAGAGAUUAAAAACAAGAAGCCAGCCGUGUAGAUUUGAAGACGAUGCUUUUUUUGUGUGGAAGGAAUUUUAAAAAAGAAAAAGAGAAGAAAAACAACAACAGCUAAAAAAAAAUACACCCAUUCAACAAGUAGAUGAACUGUUUUAUAAAAACGAAGAGAUGAUUUCAAAUGUAAAGAGUGCAAAUAGUAGCAUAAAAAAAACUUUUUGUAAACAAGGAAAAAAGGAGGACGAACAAACAAACUCAUGCAGAUAUAUAUGUAUAUGAAAAAUAAAUGCAGUUCGUUAUAAUAAUGGCAUACAAUUUUCUAUAUAUCUCAAGCAAAGCAAAUCAAACAUCAAAUAUAACCACUCCACCCUGUCAAGUAAAAAAAAAUAGACAGUAUAAAAAUACUACAAAUACAACUUGACUGCAUGCAGCAAAAUGAGAAAUGUGUAGAAAAUAGGCUUAUUUAUUAAGAAAACGUAAAUUAUGUUUAGUCAAUAUAUUUAUACAAAAAAUUGGCCACUUUUUUAAUAC